CUCCUCUCCUGUAGAGGAGCUAAGCACUUCUAUUCCUACUUUACCUGUUUUCUGUGGUAACCGACACAUCAGGAUGGGAGUUACAGGAGCGGUUUCCAACAAGCCUGCAGGCGUCCUCUGAGGGACGGACCCAGCUGGUGGUUGCUCCCUGCUUGCUGAGCGCAGCCCGCUGAGAGGAGCAGGAGGGGUGGGUGGGUGGGGGGGGAGGAACCAUGAUUGACCUGAGCCACCUGACGGAGGAGGAGCAGGGGGCGAUAAUGACGGUGCUGAGGAGGGACGCCGAGCUGAAGAAAGCCGAGGAGGAGAGAAUCAGGAAACUGGGGAAGAUCUUGGACGGCGGAUCGCAGCCAGACACCCAGCGGAAGUACCGGACUGGAGAGUGGUUUUACGAGGCCAAGUCUCGCAGACACAUGGACAAGAUCCACGGCUCGGAGAUCAUCCUGGCCUCCAUGAACAAGAGGAAAGCUGGUUUAGAUGGUUCCUUAAGAAUUGAAAGAUCCAAGACACCCAGCGGUCAAGGAUCAGACAUCGUCGCUCCACCAAAACCUGCACGAUCUUUGGAACCAGGACAACAUCAGGACCUCAACGAUGCAGAAAAAGAGAAUCUAAAUGCAGUAGUCCGCUCUCCAAGAAGGCCGAGGCACAACCCUUUCAACCGCCCUUCCCUUAUUGUUGUUGAGCCACCUGGAACUAAUGAUGACAUGUCAACCAGUCAGGACCAGGUGUCAUCUGAGACAGAGCCCAUAUCUCCAGCGAAGAGCCAGCCAGCGGAGGCCAGUCAGACGUCAGGGGGCUCCCUCACAUCAGAGGGCUCCUCUGUAGGUUUCAGGCCGGUGCCAAAGAAGAGGACAUUUCUAUCAAGACGUACCUCCAGUCAGUCAGAAAGCAACAGCCUGGCGCUAGACGCUCAGGGAGGGUCAGCGGGGAUCGUUCCUGCUACAAGACUGAGCCUCCAGCGAGGGUCCAGCGACAGCUCUAACCAGUCCUACCUGAAGGGCCGAGAUGAAAUACCUCAGAAAAGCAUUGUUCCUAAUCAAGUACCUCAGUCUGCUCAGCCAUUCAGACCUCUGGAUAAAAACUCCCAGCUAGAUGAUAUAUCCCUGGUUUUGUCUUAUUCCAGUCUGGAGAGAGAAAACACCCCACCUUCUAGGUCAGUGGACGCUUCCUCCCGCAGCGCUGACCCCAACAUUUUACUUCAACUCUCUGAUCCUUCCAUAGCAACUCACAACCUACAUCCAGACAGAGAAAACAACAGCAGUGUGGGGACAGCAGGGAGGCAGGAAGAGCUGAGUCUGCCCCAAAGCAUUGUGGAUCCAGAUCCUCCAGAAUCUUACGAUCUCAACUUCAUUGAUAAGUCUGAUCAGCAAGCGCAGAAGAAAUCCAAUCAGAAACACGCAUUUCAAUUAUCCACUCAGACAGCCAGUCCCACCGGUGAUGAGGAGGACUCCAUUGCGAGGGUGCUGGACUGGUUCUGCCGCAGCACAGACAGCAUUGAUUCGCUAAGGACAGACAACGGUCCUAAAGCGACAAAGAGCUCUGAAAAACAUGUAGAAAUCAGCAAAAUAAGAGGUGAAGAAUCAUUACGAAAAGAUGCUGGGGAUAUGAUAAGUGAUGAAACCCUUGAGAUGAGGAGGAAUAACUUACAAAGACAGAACAAUGAGGCUAAAGAGUUAAGAGCAACAGGCCGAGAAACACAAGAGGAGGUGAAGAAGGAUACUAGAGAAAGAAUGCCGUCACAGGAAGUUAAAGAUGGUAAUGAUGAAAGCCAACCGCCCCAAAUCACUCAUCUGAAGUCAUUCUGGGAGAAAAGCAACCCGGGACCUAAAAUACUUAUCAGCAAGUCAAUCAUGUCCAGCAACAACAAACAAAAACCCAUUCACCUCUUGGUGGAGAAAGACGAGGAAACAGUAAAGAAACCCCUCAGAGCGCCUGGCAUGCCCACUGUGUCUGGAGUGUAUAACAUGGAGGGGAUUUAUGAUAAGUUCGCUUCAAAUCAUCAGGAAAAGAGAGAACAACAGAAAGAUACUGGAGACAAUGUUCAAUCAAAUAAUAAACAGGAGGUAGACAGUCGGGGGAUGAAUACUUUAACUCAAAGGAACAAUAAUGACCCAACAUACAACUUAGAUUAUUUAAAGUUGGCGGCCAGUCCCCAAGUAUCUGACAGAAGAGGUUCAGAGACUGAGAUUUUAAGUGUAACCAGACUUAGUACACCCAACCAGUCCAGUCCACAACCUGACAGUAUCUCCCAAUCCAGAGAAAUCUCACUGCAAACCAAACUGUCCCAGAAUAUUCCUUUGUCUCAGCUGGAUACAGAUCCAGACUCUGAGAAGCUCCACAUGUCCAGAAACCACCCAUAUAUGGACUACAAGCAAGGCGGGAAUGAUAUCCAAAUCACCCCUAAAACACAAAUAUGUAGAGGUUCAAGUGAAGAGGUGAAGAGAAUGGACAGUGAAGAUGAAAGUGUGCUAUCAAGCAUGUCUCCCAAACGGCAAGAGAAUACGUUUAAUAAAGACAGAAUUACUCCCUCAAACAGACAAGGUUUGCCACAUCAAGAAAGUAUUGCAGAGAAGAUAAAGCAGCUCAAAUCUUUUUGGGAGACGGAGAGGAACAAAUCCCCGUUUUACACCAGCAAACCUACAGCUCUUGGGGAAGGUAAAGUCGCUCGUGGUGCAAAUCAAGCAAAACUGAAUAAAAGAUAUACAAAGUCCGAGUACGACCUGACUUCAAUUGGAAAUGAUUCCGGCAGCGAUGAGGAAGACUGUGAUAGAAAUCAGAAUUACAAUGUUCUUCCUUUUAAUCAGAGGCUAGACAAGUUGUCCCCUACCCUAGGCUCAAGCCGAAUACAAUUUAACACUUUGCGGGAGUUCUGGGACGAGGCUACGUCAGAAGCCAAGGGAUCAUUUUCCUUCGACAGACCCAAAAGCCCCAAACGGAAAGAACCCAUAAGUGCCCCGCUUUCAUCUCAGGAGUUAAGGUGCGCUGACCCUGAGGUUUACAUCGCAACAGAGAAAACAAGACCGGCCAUGGUCAAAUCAUCUCCACCUGCUCAGAAUCGUUCGAAGUCGCCUCAUGACAGACCCACGGGGUCGAGGGCAGCGAAUGAGGGCAAAAACAACCAGUUUCAUUAUACGACAGCUGAGUCCAGAAGGAGCUCCAAAGACUCUAGUCGAGAGGAGAAAUCCACCAAACAGCCAAGCAGUUCAGGAAAAGAGACGCGUUCUCCAAAGAGCAGGAAAGACAGCUUUAGCUAUUCGAGCAGUCGUGGAAAGUCAAUGCGUCGCACCACCAGCAUGUUCUCUCUGAGCGUUCCCGGUGAAGAAGAGCUUAAAAUGGAUGUAGGCCCCAUCCACUCCCAGAGCAGGAAGCAGAGGCAUGAAACGGAGACUCAGGCUCCUCUUGCGCGGGCGUGUGUUCCCAGGGACUACCGCCAUUACCUGGGUAUGACAGACGAGACCAGCGUCCACGCCUCCUUCGCCCCGCCAGUGAAGGACCAGGGCUCCGAAGGGAAGUCUGCCCAUGGGUUUGACCUGGAUGGGCCGAUGAGGGCCAGCACUCCGGUGAGCUCAGAGGAGCGUAACGGCAGGAGGGGGGGCAAGGCGAGUCAGCGCCCUCUGUGGGCAAACUACAGCAGUUCAGACGCAGGUCAGGAGUCAUCGGUGAGCAGCACGUCAGAAACCUGGUCCAGGAAUGGCUCAAACCGUGAGAACGACAGGGACGGCCCAAGCCUUGUAAGGAAAGCGCUGAGGCGAGCGGAAGCACGGCCCAAAAAUCUGGCUAAAAGUAUGGAGGACAUCACAGCGUCCUUAUCACCACGACAAGAAAGAAGCCAAGACCCGACUGCUAACAUGAGACGCAUUAGUGAUGUCUCAUCCAUCCCUUCGCCCUCCUCCUCCUUAUUUUCGGAUCCGGAGCACCUGAAGAAGAUGAGCAAAUCAGUCCCUUCGUUCUUACAGAAGGAGGACGUUGGCAGAGACACUGACUUCACCUACGAGGAUAGUGACCCCCCAGGAAGACUAAUGAUGGGCCGCUCUUUGAAUAACCUCACCGGCUCCCCUGGCAUGGCGUCUUUGUCUUCUCUGAGUGGAAGUGUGAUGACCAUGUACAGCGGGGACUUUGGGAAUGUGGAGGUUCAGGGAAACAUCAAGUUCUCCAUCAACUACAUCCAGAAGCUCCGAGAGUUUCACAUCUUUGUGGUUGAGUGCCAAGACCUGGCUGCCGUCGACCCAAAGAGGGGCCGCUCAGAUCCGUAUGUCAAAAGCUACCUGGUUCCAGACAAAGCUAAUCUGGGAAAGAGGAAAACAUCAGUAAAAAAGAAGACACUAAAUCCAACUUUCAACGAGAUCCUCAGAUAUCGAGUUCGCAUGGAGUACCUCAGAACCCAGACACUCAUUCUCUCCGUUUGGCAUCACGACACCUUUGGCAGGAACAGUUUCCUGGGCGAGGUUGAGGUGGACCUCUCUAGCUGGGACUUUGACCACACCCAGAUGAACUACUUAGCACUGAAAGCAAGGGCUGCACCCACUCUAGCGCCGUCACAUGGUCGAGGAGAGAUGAGACUAGCCGUGCGUUUCCUGCCACAGAUCAUCCACAGCGAAGGAUUAAUUAAGGCGGGUCCAAACACUGGAGAGAUUCACAUUUGGGUGAAAGAAUGCAAAAACCUGCCUCUAAUCCGGGCCACCAUCGACCCAUAUGUCAAGUGCUUUGUGCUGCCGGACACGAGCAGGAAGAGUCGCCAGAAGACCCGUGUGCUGCGGAGGACAGUAGACCCGGUGUUUAACCACACGAUGGUGUACGACGGCAUCAAGCAGGCUGACCUAUCAGAAGCCUGCGUGGAGCUCACUGUGUGGGACCGAGACAGGCUAGCCAGCAACCUGCUGGGGGGCUUGAGGCUUGGUGCUGGAACAGGCAGGAGUUAUGGAGCGCUGGUGGACUGGAUGGACUCUACUCCCUAUGAGGCAGCCCUGUGGGAGCGUAUGAUGGCCACCCCCAAUGAAUGGGUGGAGGACGUACUCCCAUUAAGAUUGCUAAACUCUUCAAAAACUGGUUUCAAAUAAGUCAAAGUAUACCAAACUGCCAUAGUACAAAGACACAUAUAUUCGAUAGGUGAAAACACAGAGUGAUAGUAACAGUGGUAAAGUUUAAAUUCAGUCGGGAAAAGCUUUCAGAGGAUUUCUAAUGAAAACUAAAGACAGUGUAAUAUGUGACUGUAAUUUUAACCUCAAGGAAACAAUACUUAGUUUCCACCCAAGAGGAAACAAACCCCAUUGGAGAUUGAGUUGUGUAUCAAUCCAGACACUGGAACAACUGGGAGCUAUUGUUCAAGAAGAAAAGCAGAAAUUCAACACCUGCUUUGACACCUGCUGGACUACAGUUUGUGUUGGCUUUUGCCAUUCAAGGGUUUUUUCAAAAAAGAAUGUCACUGGACAAAAGGAAGCACUGAGGCAUACAGGGAAACGUCAUCGAGAAAUCAAACAUCAUUCAUAGUACAGUGAACCCCGAAUAAAAACAUUUAAAAACUGACUAAAUUAAAAACAAGCAAGUCCAUUAGUUGUUAGGCUUUAAUUCAUAUCCAGACAGACAUGGGAAUAAUACUCGUACACUCGUACCAGGAUCUAGUUUCUAUUAUUUCACACUACAUACAACAUUUCUAAGGUAUCAUUUUGUUAGUUGCUCCCAAUAUGCAGCGCACCCAUUACUCUCUAAAAAUCUCAUGUGCCAAAUAAUCAAGAUCUAAUCUCGCAAAGUUAUCACUUUGCAAGGCUAAUAUUAACCAACAUGUGAUGGCAAACAUGGUUACAAUAAAAGAUAUUCUACAACCUGGUGCAAUGCAGCUUUCCCACUGUCCCUGCAUGAAUAAAAUGCUUAUUAAAAUUAAAAUUACUUAUUAUUAAGUGGUUGUUUCUUCUGAAUUCCUUGCUCUUCUAACUAACUCUUAUAUAGACAGUAUUGUUACAAAUCUCAUUUGACAGUAUACAGUAUGAGUCACCGGAUGAACUGUUGCAUUUAAUCAAUUUUAUCAUACAAGUCGGAUUAAAGAAAA